AUGAUGAUUCAUGAUGAUAAUAAUGAUAAUGAAAAUGAUGAUGAUAAUGAUAAUGAUUAUGGUGAUGGUAUUGGUGGUAUUUGGUAUACGAAUCGAUCGAUUUAUUUUCAACUAUUAAUACUAUUCGUUUAUAUAUGCAAAUUUAAUGCUUUAACGAUUGAUUAUAUCGAUAAUAAUAAUAAUAAUCAUUAUGAUAAUAAUGAUAAUAUGAUAAAUGUAUGGAAACACAGUACGCACUGUUCAUGGCAUUCAAGUGGUGGAAUAAACGAUCAAAUUAUUCAAAAGGUAAAUUUAUCAUGUAGCAAAGGUUAUCUUCAAUGGAUUGAUCCGAUUGGUGGAAUGCAAGUUCGAUUUUUAAUCAAAAAUUUAAACAGUGAAAAAAUUUGUCUUCGAAUACGUUUCUUACUACCAAUCUAUAAAAUAUUAUAUUAUAUAUUAGAUGAAAAUAGACAUCAGUUAAUAAAUGUGAUGGAAGAAUUUCAAAAAUGUAUGAAAACUGAACUGCUAGAUGUGAUCAUUUUUAUUGAAAUUUCAAAAAUACAUAAUUGGAAGCAACGAAUUGCUGGUUUUCAAUAUGAAAUUUUGCCAGAAUUAUUAAUUAAUAAUGAACGGAACAAAUGUGAUAUUUGCUCAAAUAACAAUAUUAUAAAUGCAUUUUGUAAUAAUGCUGAUUUUGUAUUUGAAGGUUAUCAAAGUGAUGCAAAUAAUAAACGUAUAUUAAUUGAUAAAAUAUUACGAAUGCCAAUGCAUUAUCAUCAAAUAAUCGAAAAGCGCAAUAAUCAGAGUAUUUUGAAAGCACCAGUUAUUGGUUGUUUAUAUGAAAAAGAUGAGAAUAAAACUAGUCGAAUUUACAUUGCUAAAAUGAAAUUUGAUGCGGUGCAUAUCAUUUGUUCGCCAACAAUUUCGCAUUAUGCGCAAAUUGUACAAGAGCAAUCGGAAAAUGCGCCUUGUCAAUUAACAACAUUGUGA